AUGCCUGGAUUCUCGCAGGCCUCCGAUCUCAGCGCCUGGAAGGCCCUCCAGGAGCACCACACUACCCUGGGCCGCAACAUUGUGCUGAAGGAGUACUUUGAGAAGGACCCUCAGCGCUUCCAGAAGUUCAGCCGGACCUUCGCCAACCCCGUGGAUAACUCGGAGAUCCUCUUCGAUUUCUCCAAGAAUUUCCUCACCGAGGAGACUCUGUCUCUGCUGGUGAAGCUGGCCAAGGAGGCCGGUGUUGAGGAGCUGCGUGAUUCCAUGUUCCGUGGUGAGCAUAUCAACUUCACUGAGGACCGCGCCGUCUACCACGCCGCCCUGCGCAAUGUCUCCAACGAGCCCAUGGAGGUCGAUGGCCAGAGUGUCGUCGAGGAUGUCAACUCCGUCCUGGAGCACAUGAAGGAAUUCUCUGAGCAGGUGCGCAGUGGUGAGUGGAAGGGUUACUCUGGCAAGAAGAUCAACACCAUCAUCAACAUUGGUAUCGGUGGUUCGGAUCUUGGUCCUGUCAUGGUUACCGAGGCUCUGAAGCCCUACGGCCACCCCGACAUGAAGCUUCACUUCGUCUCCAACAUUGACGGCACCCACAUCGCCGAGGCUCUCAAGAGCUCAGACCCCGAGACCACCCUGUUCCUGAUCGCAUCCAAGACCUUCACCACCGCGGAGACUACCACCAACGCCAACACUGCGAAGAGCUGGUUCCUCGAGACUGCUCAGGAUGAGUCGCACAUUGCCAAGCACUUCGUGGCCCUCUCCACUAACGAGGCCGAGGUUACCAAGUUCGGCAUUGACAAGAGGAACAUGUUCGGCUUCGAGUCGUGGGUUGGUGGUCGUUACUCCGUCUGGAGUGCCAUCGGUCUCUCCGUUGCUCUGUACAUCGGCUAUGACAACUUUCACCAGUUCCUGGCCGGUGCCCACGCCAUGGACAAGCACUUCCGCGAGACACCUCUCGAGCAGAACAUCCCCGCCAUCGGUGGUCUGCUGAGCGUCUGGUACAGCGACUUCUUCGGCGCCCAGACUCACCUGGUUGCUCCCUUCGACCAGUACCUGCACCGCUUCCCGGCCUACCUGCAGCAGCUUUCCAUGGAGAGCAACGGGAAGGCGAUCACCCGCUCCGGCGAGUACGUCAAGUACACCACCGGACCCAUCCUGUUCGGUGAACCGGCCACCAAUGCCCAGCACAGCUUCUUCCAGCUGCUGCACCAGGGUACCAAGCUCAUCCCGGCCGAUUUCCUCAUGGCCGCCGAGUCCCACAACCCCGUUGAGGGCGGCAAGCACCAGCGCAUGCUGGCCUCUAACUUCCUGGCCCAGUCCGAGGCUCUGAUGGUUGGCAAGACCCCCGAGCAGGUCAAGGCCGAGGGCGCUCCGGCCGAGCUUGUCUCGCACAAGACCUUCCUGGGCAACCGUCCCACCACCUCAAUUCUGGCCCAGAAGAUCACCCCCGCCACCCUGGGUGCUCUGAUCACCUACUACGAGCACGUCACCUUCACCGAGGGUGCCGUCUGGAACAUCAACUCCUUCGACCAGUGGGGUGUUGAGCUGGGCAAGGUCCUGGCCAAGAAAAUCCAGAAGGAGCUGGAGACUGAUGGCGAGGGUGGUGGUCAUGACGCCUCGACCAGCGGUCUGCUGCUCGCCUUCAAGGCCAAGGCCAACUUGGCGUAG